AUGGAAAGAAGGCAGCAAGACUGUAACAAAAAUAAGCAGGGAGAGACAGAAAAAAGGAAACACGAUGUGAUAUCUGGAAAGGUGAGAAGGUUUAAGCAGACAGAACAUAAAAGCAAAGAUUAUGAUGGAAGUGCACAGGAGGACAGAGGGGAUGCUGAUGGAGAUGAACAAGAGGACAGAGAGGAAGAUGAUGUAAAUGAACAGGAGUACAGAGAGGAAGAUGAUGGAGAUAAACAAGAGGACAGAGAGGAAGAUUAUGGAGAUGAACAAGAGGACAGAAAGGAAGAUGAUGGAAAUGAAGAGGAGUACAGAGAGGAAGAUGAUGAAGAUGAACAAGAGGACAGAGAGGAAGAUGAACAAGAGUACAGAGAGGAAGAUGAACAAGAGUACAGAGAGGAAGAUGAUGGAGAUGAACAGGAGGACAGAGAGGAAGAUGAACAAGAGGACAGACAGGAAGAUGAUGGAAAUGAACAGGAGGACAGAGAGGAAGAUGAUGUAAAUGAACAGGAGUACAGAGAGGAAGAUGAUGGAGAUGAACAAGAGGACAGAGAGGAAGAUGAUGAAGAUGAACAAGAGGACAGACAGGAAGAUGAUGGAAAUGAACAGGAGUACAGAGAGGAAGAUGAACAAGAGGACAGAGAGGAACAUGAUGGUGAACAACAGAGAGUCGGAGAGGAGAAAAGCCAAGAUGGAGAUGAAGACUCAAACCUAUUGAAGAAACAGCAAGAUGACGAUCCUGUAUACCCUGGUGCUCCUCUCACAAAGGGACAGAGUCUACUCCUACUCAUGUCAUAUGUACUGAGGCACAAUUUGACAGGUGUAGCACUUCAGGAUCUUCUUACAUUGUUUAAUGAACAUUUCCCUGGUUUAGUGCCAGCAACCUCAUACCUUUUUCAUAAAGCCUAUGGACAGUUUGGCCAGUAUGUGCCCCAUUUCUGUUGCAUCAACUGUGAAAACUACAUGGGACCCACUGGGAUAGCACCGAAAAACUGUUCUUCUUGUAAUGCUGAAUUUGACAUUGAGAACAACCUAAGAGUUGGGUCUUACUUUCUUGUUCUUAGCCUAUCAGCCCAAAUAGUGGACAUUUUGGAAAAAAAUGAUAUACAUUUAAAUAGAAAGGAAUCAAAUCCUGGCAUUCUUUCUGAUAUUCAGUGUGGGGCAGAAUAUCGAAAAAUCAAGCAAAAUUCAGUUGCCCGUCCCCUCCUGAAAAAUACAAAACAGUUUAACGGAAAAUACGGUUGUGACUUCUGCCUCCACUAUGGUGGUGGUCCAUACGUAUGGGAAACCCCAGAACCACCUUUAAGGACAGACACAGAUCAUUUCCGCCAUGCAAUGCUGGCAACCCCUGAGAAACCAAUAAUGGGUGUGAAAGGCCCAUCCCCUCUCAUGGAACUUGAGACUUUUAACAUGAUCACUGGAUUUGUUCCAGACUACCAGCACUGUGUUUGCCUUGGUGUUACUAAACAGAUUACAUCUCUGUGGUUAGAUAGUAAGCACCAUAAAGAGGAAUGGUACUUGGGCUCCAAGGUCAGUGACAUAGACAAGGCCCUGUUGGCCAUUAGCCCACCUGUGGAGGUCACAAGGGCACCAAGAUCAGUUAAGGACCGAAAAUUCUGGAAGGCAUCUGAAUGGAGGAUGCAAUCAAAGUGA